AUGGCCCGCAAUCAAGAAAAGGCUCAAUCCCUCCUGUACCGCUUUCGCGAAGCUCAAGCUGCCGAGCUGGGGAUUCGUACAGGCCCCAAAGCAGGACAAAAGCGCCCGAGGUUGGCAUCGAGUGUCAAGGACUUGAGAGAGUGCGAGAGAUGGCGUGGGGAUGUUUUGAGGGAGAUUGGGAGGAAGGUGGGCAAGAUUCAGGACUUCGGCCUGACAGACUACGAAGUCCGUGAUCUAAACGACGAGAUCAACAAGCUCUUGCGCGAGAAGCGUCACUGGGAAAACCAGCUCGUCGCACUCGGUGGCGCCAACUACAGACGCUCCGUCACCUCUCAGCUCGACGAUGCCGGUCGUGAGAUCCCGGGCACGCGCGGCUACAAGUACUUUGGAAGGGCAAAGGACCUGCCUGGUGUCAAGGAGUUGUUGGAGCGCAGU